UGAGCUGGAAACCACCUGGAGAGAGAGGCCACGAGGGCAUCAUGUACUAUGUGGAGAAGGUAGGAAAUACAGUAUAUACUUCACUAACAUCAUAUACCUUAUCUGUAGCAUGACUCAUCUGAUCAAUAUAACCAACAUUUCAUCACUGUUUCUCAUCCAUAACAACCACCAUAUCAAUAUCAUUCAAUAAGUUAACAUAAAUCUGUUCUUUUUUUAGUAUUUUAUAGUGCUGGAAGUUGUUUGGUGUUUGGAGGGUUGGAGCCGUACUCUAACUUCUGGGUGUUGUCUGUUAGUGUGUGUCAGGCACAGACAGCUGGCAGAGGGUGAACACAGAGAUCCCAGUGAAGUCUCCUCGCUUCGCCCUGUUUGAUCUGGCGGAGGGAAAGGCCUACAGCUUCCGUGUGCGCUGCUGCAACUCCGCCGGCGUUGGCGAGCCAUCAGAAGCCACCGAGGCCACCACUGUCGGGGACAAGCUGGGUGAGGGGUCACAGGUCAUAAAUCACACGCCAUACCACAGACUACAGCAGUUCCCAGUGUGCCAAAAAAAUAGAUUUACUCCGAAAGACAUGCACUCCUCUCAGAAUCAGUAUACUUGAGCUCUUACAAGCUAUCUGGAGUGAAAUCAUAGUUUUUUAAAUCAUUUGAUCUUAGUUGAAUAGUCUAUUGUUGUCCCCAGAUAUCCCGUCUGCCCCAGGCCGUGUGAUUCCCACCAGGAACACAGACACGUCCGUGGUUGUGUCCUGGGAGGCUUCCAGGGAAGCUAAGGAGCUGGUGGGAUACUACAUCGAGGCCAGCAUCGUGGGUAGCAACAAGUUUGAGCCCUGCAACAACAAGCCUGUGAAAGGCACCAGGUACAAUGGUCCUUCUAACAAUCCUUCUAGCAAUCGUUUACAAAUAUAUACAUAUACAAAUGGUGACCAUAAAUAUAAUUCAAAACUAUAUGUAAUUGAUGGUGAGCUCAAGUAAGUUGACAAAACAUUGUUUUCCCACUCAAAUUAAAUCAGUGACCAAAGACUUAGAGAUUGAUGGUGUGAAACGUCUUUCUCAAAGUGUUUUUGUGUACUGGUAAACAGGUUUAUCUGCCACGGUCUGGUGACAGGAGAGAGCUACGUGUUCAGAGUGAAGGCACUGAACGCCGCUGGGCUCAGCGAGUGUUCUCAGGAGUCUGAGGCUAUUGAGGUGAAGGCUGCUAUUGGUAAGUGAGAGGAAGAGUGUCAUGGCACAGUCAUACUAGACAAUACGAUAGGAAGCCAUUUUAGGAAGAAUGUGAAGAGCUAUAUACAAGGAACUUCUUUUUUCUGUUUAGAUGAAGCACUAUUACACUCUUAGAAAAAAAGGUGCUAUCUAGAACCUAAAAGGGUUCUUCCACUGUCCCCAUAGGAGAACCCUUUGAAGAACCCUUUUUGGUUCCAGGUAGAACUCUUUUGGGUUCCAUGUAGAACCCUUUCUACAGAGGGUUUUACAUAGAACCCAAAAGGGUUCUACCUGGAACCAAAAAGAGUUAUCCUAUGGGGACAGCCUGAAAACCCUUUUGGAACCCUUUUUUCUAAGAGUGUAUGUGACUUAAAGUUGGGUUAUCAUUUUAUGAUACUAGGAUCAGGAAAGCCUUUAAGCUGUAUGUGUAGGUGGAAUGUGAUUAUUGAAUCUUAUGCAUAAUAUUGUUAUUACUCCUUUUGUAAUAUGCUGAUGAUGAAAGAAAUAUCACAUUUCCACACUGAACUGGGGUUUAGCUGAUGUGUUGUACAAUUGUCUUCUUUUUUUUCUGUCCAUUGAGACAUCACGUUGUCAGCUCUGUGUACCAUCAGCAUUUAGACUCCUCCCACGUGUUCUUUCCCAUGGUUCCACUCUGUCAGUCACCCGAACAAGCCCCACCCACCACCCCACACCCCCUGUUGAGUCAGAACUUAUCCCCACCCUCCCUGCACAACCUGAGGCGGGCCAGGGUCAGGAGUUGUAGACUUCCUCUAAUUUGGGUCAGUGCGAUCCAACUCAGCGGUUGUUACAAACCAGCCCACCUUGCGUUCCUCUGUCAUGCGCUACACCCCCCCCCCCCCCCCCCCCCCCCCCCCCCCAUCACCUUGCCUGGGCACGAGAUGUAUCAGCCAACACCACCCACCUGGUGUUCAAGGUACCCACCCCCUCUCCACCCUACCAACAAUACCCCCUGAUCUGCAUUGUGUAUCUACCCAUUCUACUCACUCUCGACUGGGAAUACUAGCUCUUGUCCCGGGUGUUACAGCGGCUUGCGCCUUGCUAAUGCUGAGCUGCACUAGCGCCCUGGACCAGAGCUAGGGAACAGGAAUACUAAACUGACAGCCCUGCUCCUUUACAGUUGUCCCAUUAUGUCUGCACUAUGACUAACCAGGCUUCUAGCUAUGACACAUCACUCAGUCACUGGCCAGCUUUGUGCCGAGCAGCAUGCUCUGUUCUCCCUUAUGAAACACACUUAGUAACAAUGUCAAUGGAUUUCUCUCUACAGUCCAUUACAACUGAUAAUAGUUUGUAGACCUAGAGUCUAGGCCCAUUAGUGAUAGUGUCUUACACAAUAAAAGAUAGAUAAUUGAAUACUCACAAUUGAGCCGAGGUUAGUAAAUUUAUGAGUAAACACUUCUAUCACACAUCUUUUCAGAAUAUAUUAGGAAAGAAUAACUGCAUGUAUAUCCAUAGAUCUCACUCAUAACUAUUUCCAAUAGUUGUCUCCCAUUGAUAGAAUUGCUAUGUAUCAUUACAUAUACUUGAUCAAUUUAGCCCAUAUUGUGCAUAUAAUGAAAUCCACUGGUAUCAUUACGAAAGUAUAGUGUGGCUUUUUCAUGAAGGGUUGGCGCAAAGCCUGCACACACUCGCUUUCUCCCCUCACACACUUGUGCUUUCUCUUUAACUCUGCAACUCGCUUCCACACGCAGAUGUCACUUGUUGGUCAUCUUGUCUUCAUUUUUCAUAGUCUGUCAGAUGAAGACAUGGUACUGUAUUUAAUACUGUAUGUGAUGGUAUUGGUAAUGUUUUCUUUCUCUCUUUCCCUCUGUCUCUCUUUCUCUCUCUUCUUUCCUCUCUGAGUGAGCUGACUGAGAUUGUAGCUGUUUGUUAGUGUAAAUUAGUUGAUCUUCUCUUUGCCUGUGUUAAAUGGCUUCUUUUGCUUUUCUCUGCUAACUCCUGUAGGGGGCGGUAUUCCUCAUGGUGUGUUGCCGGAGUGGGAGUUACCAAGGGGUGGUAACGUGGGCGGACUAACCAAGCACACGCCACGCUGGACGGGCACGCAUGAGGCCGUUCAGUACCCCCCUUACACUACGCUAAAGCUCAAUGCUCAGACUGGCAGUGUGCCUGGGGCAGGGGCCGGAGCUGGGGCAGGGGCCACUAGCUCAAGCCCCUCAGGGCCCCUGGCUACAGGAAGUAAAGGCAAGGGGGGCAAGAGAGGCAGUGUGACCUGGGCCCCUGACCUGGUCACAGAAUCAGUCACAGACUUGGUCAUAGAGCCGGCCAAGGCCACGGAUGAGGUUAAAGGUCAGGCUAAGGCGCCUGUGUCUGGGAAAACACGUAAGUCCUCUGUAGAUGUUUCAGCCAAACGGGGGACAGAGAAAGAAACAGCCCAUAACGUGGGCUGGCCCAGGACAGACCCAGACCCAGGUGAGCCCUCAGUAAGGCCACGUCAACCCUUAUAUCAUCAGAUCAUCCAAAAUAAAACAACUCUUCAUCUUUUCCUCCCAAGGAUUUUUUUUUUUUAACUGAAGCUUUUUUCUUUCUACACUUUUUUCUUUUUUUGAAAUGUAUUUUUUUUUCACUUUGGUAAGAAGGUCGAAAACUAUUUUGAAAAAAGAAACUGCCACUGUAAUAUUCGAAUAGGGAUCACACUUUGAACGUAUGUGGUUCUACUCUCAUAUUCACAGGAAAGGCAUUAAAACACAGUACAUAUAGCCAAAGUAUUCAACUGGUAAAAUCCUGUUUUUAUCCUAAGGUAAGUUUCUAUAACAGCUUUCUCAGUUUAACUACACAGUCACGCAGCCUUUCAGGCAAUCUACUGGCCACCUCUACCACAGGGCUGCCUCACACACACAGGGGGGGGGGUUUGUCCUCCCUCCACACCCUCAGUGUUCAGGCACUGUGCUGGCCACCUCUCAACUUACUGUAGCCGGUUUUGUCUAGAAGGGAUAUUGCUUUUGUCAAAAUUGACUUUUCAUAGCAGGUUAGGAGAAUUUACGCAGCAGGUUAGGAGAAUUAACGUAGCAGGUUAGGAUAAUUAGGUUAAGGUUAGGAAAAAGGUUAGGGUCAGCUAUUUCAACAUCUGAUGUCAAUUUGACAGAAGCUGUAUUCCAUCUAGCUGCUGUAGCCUGGCUGGCUCACACACUGUGCUCUUUAGGGUCCACCUUGGGUGAGCAGUGCACAUUAACGCACAGAGGCACUGUGACAUAGCUGGAGCUAGCCUAUCACAGCUUGUCUCUGAAGUGGGUCAGCCAAUCACAAGCCAGAAAUGGACACCUAUGACCUGAGACCUUUUUGGUUGUGUACUUCCUAGUCAGAUUCUACGCCAUACCCCCUCCCCCAAAUUAGGGAGCACACCAUGUCCAUUUGACUAUUUGUGUGACAGGUCAAUUUAUUAUGAUUAUGUAAUAUUAUUCAGUCAUCUGUGUGAGCUCACUCUAUUGAAGACACCACCGUAGACCAGCCACUGAAAUCAUAUGUGUCCUCACAGCUCCUGUGGCUAAAAUAUUUUGUCCCAUUCCAACUCAGUCCAGGUCCCUGAAAUUUGUGUCGUCAUCAUUUUGUCAAUAUGUGAUGACUCAGUGUCUGGUUGAAACAUAGCUUGAGGUGAAAGGUUAAGGGUUAAAGGUGCAGACAGUAGUCUCUUACAGCAAGUAUGGGUGACAAACUAUAUCCCUUAGCUGUUGUUUAACCAACAGAUAACUUUGAACUUUGUUUGUGAUUAAGUGUAUUAGUGCCCAAUACUUGCUCUAAGCAGCAGAAAGUUAGUAAGUCUAAGUGAUGAAAGACUGAAGCUCAACUAAGAGCAUUAUGAAGGCUUUAUAAAGCUUCCGUCUCCCAUGACUUCAUAGUGUCACAGUUGACUCAGCAUGAUGCUAACUGGAGUCCUCUGCUGUCCCAGCAUCCCCUACUCCACCCUAUGGCAUCAGCGUUCUGGAGUGUGUGCGGGACUCUAUGGUGCUGGCCUGGAAGCAGCCCACCUUCAUCGGAGGCGCUGACAUCACCGGCUACUUCGUGGACUACCGUGAGGUCAUCAAUGGGGUGCCAGGGACGUGGCACGAGGCUAACGUCAAGGCUGUCAGUGACAGAGCCUACCGAGUGAGUCAACCUUUUUGUUUUUUGUUUUUUUGGGGAUGUAGCUACCCUCUUUAACCUGAAUUUGCAGGCACCUUUUGUCAUAUCGGGAGAAAAGGGAGAAUGGUUUUUCACUGUCUGUCUGUCCAGGUGUCCGACUUGAAGGAGAACAGGAAGUACCAGUUCCAGGUGCGUGCUGCCAACAUGGCAGGCGUGGGCAUCCCGUCUCUGCCCAGUGGAACGUUUGUCUGUGAGGAGUGGACCAUUGCUGUGCCAGGUGGGUAGUGUCACUUGCAAACCUGAGCAAGUAUGAGAAUUACACUGUAACACAUCAACAUGAAUACUAUAUCACAAUACAAGUUAUACACUGCAAAGAUGUGUGUCGAAAAAUAAAUAAUUGACUUGAAUUAUAACCUUAUAACCUCCACCUCCUUUUGUGGUAAUGGUCUGUUGAAGCUUGCAUGCACAGGGACAUUAUCUAUGUACAUUGCAUUGUCUAUGGGUGUGUCCCAAAUAGCCCUAUAGGCCCUGGUCAAAAGUAGUGCACUACAAAGGGAAUAUGGUGCUAUUUGGAUCACAGCCUUAUGUCUGUUCUUCAACUCUAAACCUAAUUAUUUACCCCUAAUUUCCCACAGGACCUCCCCAUGAUCUGCAGGUGACAGAGGUGCGCGCCAACACUCUGGUGUUGCUCUAUAAGCCACCAGUGUACCAGGGCCGUGACCCAGUCAACGGAUUCUACAUUGACAUUAAGGAGGCUGAUGCUGAGGAGGAGGCCUGGAGAGGAGUCAACGAGAAGGCUGUCCUCACUAACUACAUGAAGGUCAGGACCCUAUCCACUCCCAUCCCUCCAGGGUGAAGUUUCCCCUGUAACAGAUCUAAGAUCAGCUUCCCCUUCCUAAUCCUAACCUUAACCAUUAGUGGGGGAAAUGCAAAACCGACCCAGGAUCAGCCUCUAGGGGCAACUUCAACCUACUCCAUUUCUAUCCACUUAAGUCAAUCAUACCAUACUAAGGCACUGCAUCGCAGUGCUAACUGUGCCACUAGAGAUCCUGGUUCGAAUCCAGGCUCUGUCGCAGCCGGCCGCGACCGGGAGACUCAUGGGCGGCGCACAAUUGGCCCAGCGUCGUCCAGGGUAGGGGAGGGAAUGGCCGGCAGGGAUGUAGCUCAGUUGAUAGAGCAUGGCGUUUGCAACGCCAGGGUUGUGGGUUCGAUUCCCACGGGGGGCCAGUAUAAAAAUAUAUGUAUUCACUAACUGUAAGUCGCUCUGGAUAAGAGCGUCUGCUAAAUGACUAAAAUAUAAAUGUAAAUACCAUUGAGCACACAUUCUAAUUCAGAAUUUGAAUGCAUAGUGUCUGAUUGUAAGUGUGAUGUGAUUGGUGGAGGUAUUUGUCAGUCAGAGGGUGUGUCCUGUGUGUAAAGGGAUUUUCAACACUACUGCUUGUGUCUCAAUAGUAACAUAUUUGAUGUAUGUGACUAACUUGUGUAUAAUGUGACUCUUUCUUUCAUGAACAGAUUAAGAUUCUAAAGGAGGGGGAGACCUAUGUGUUCCGUGUGCGUGCUCAGAAUAAGGCAGGUGUAGGAAAGGCCUCUGAGCCCACAGAACCAGUCCUGGCCGAAACCAAACCAGGUAGGAUGGUAGGACGAUGUUAAAGACCCCUCAACAGAGCAUGAGGGAGAGAGAGGAAGGACAUUGUUAUUAAGCAUACAUACUGUACAUUUAAUUUAAGUCAUACCUUGAAGUCAGGCACCUCAUGUGUGGAAUAGUCUCCAGUUGGCACUUCUUUUGGAUUAUUUGGUGUCCCUGGGUUAAUUUAGGAAAUUGGUGAAGGAUUUUUAUAGUGAUGAAUGUGUUUGUUUUAUUUGAUUAUAAUGGCUAAUGUGUAUAUUGUGAGAGACAGAAUAACAACAGAAAAAUCCAGUAAAACGCAUGUCAAAAAUGUUAUAAAUUGAUUUGCAUUUUAAUGAGGGAAAUAAGUAUUUGACCACCUCUCAAUCAGAAAGAUUUCUGGAUCCCAGGUGUCUUUUAUACAGGUAACGAGCUGAGAUUAGGAGCACACUCUUAAAGGGAGUGCUCCUAAUCUCAGUUUGUUACCUGUAUAAAAGACACCUGUCCACAGAAGCAAUCAAUCAAUCAGAUUCCAAACUCUCCACCAUGGCCAAGACCAAAGAGCUCUCCAAGGAUGUCAGGGACAAGAUUGUAGACCUACACAAGGCUGGAAUGGGCUACAAGACCAUCGCCAAGCAGCUUGGUGAGAAGGUGACAACAGUUGGUGCGAUUAUUGCCAAAUGGAAGAAACACAAAAUAACUGUCAAUCUCCCUCGGCCUGGGGCUCCAUACAAGAUCUCACCUCGUGGAGUUGCAAUGAUCAUGAGAACGGUGAGGAAUCAGCCCAGAACUACACGGGAGGAUCUUGUCAAUGAUUUCAAGGCAGCUGGGACCAUAGUCACCAAGAAAACAAUUGGUAACACACUACGCCUUGAAGGACUGAAAUCCUGCAGCGCCCGCAAGGUCCCCCUGCUCAAGAAAGCACAUAUACAUGACCGUCUGAAGUUUGCCAAUUAACAUCUGAAUGAUUCAGAGGAGAACUGGGUGAAAGUGUUGUGGUCAGAUGAGACCAAAAUGGAGCUCUUUGGCAUCAACUCAACUCGCCGUGUUUGGAGGAGGAGGAAUGCUGCCUAUGACCCCAAGAACACCAUCCCCACCGUCAAACAUGGAGGUGGAAACAUUAUGCUUUGGGGGUGUUUUUCUGCUAAGAGGACAGGACAACUUCACUGCAUCAAAGGGACGAUGGACGGGGCCAUGUACCAUCAAAUCUUGGGUGAGAACCUCCUUCCCUCAGCCAGGUCAUUGAAAAUGGGUCGUGGAUGGGUAUUCCAGCAUGACAAUGACCCAAAACACACGACCAAGGCAACAAAGGAGGGGCUCAAGAAGAAGCACAUUAAGGUCCUGGAGUGGCCUAGCCAGUCUCCAGCCCUUAAUCCCAUAGAAAAUCUGUGGAGGGAGCUGAAGGUUCGAGUUGCCAAACGUCAGCCUCGAAACCUUAAUGACUUGGAGAAGAUCUGCAAAGAGGAGUGGGACAAAAUCCUUCCUGAGAUGUGUGCAAACCUGGUGGCCAACUACAAGAAACGUCUGACCUCUGUGAUUGCCAACAAGGGUUUUGCCACCAAGUACUAAGUCAUGUUUUGCAGAGGGGUCAAAUACUUAUUUCCCUCUUUAAAAUGCAAAUCAAUUUAUAACAUUUUUGACAUGCGUUUUUCUGGAUUUAUUUGAUGUUAUUCUGUCUCUCACUGUUCAAAUAAACCUACCAUUAAAAUUAUAGACUGAUCCUUUAUUUGUCAGUGGGCAAACGUACAAAAUCAGCAGGGGAUCAAAUACUUGUUUUCCUCACUGUAUUUUGUAUAUAAUUGUGUGUGUGCUGAUGUGACUGUUGUUACCAGUGCACAAUUGUGAAUGAGACCUAGGUCUCAAUGUGUCUCCCUGGUUAAAUAAAAGUUAAAUAAAAAAGACCCCCCCCCCCCAACUAUAUCCCAAGUAUAAAUACAGAUAAUGUACAAACACUUAAAGGGAUAGUUCACCCAAAUUAGAAAAUUACACAUUGGUUUCCUUGCCCUGUAAGCAGUCUUUGAACUAUCCCUUUAAUGGUAAAAAAAAAUAUUAAUACAUUUAGUCAUACUGCACCUUUGCAUGUAUUUUUGAGUCUCCAGCUUUGUUUGACUUUAGGUCUGUUCUCUCUCAGGCACUACGGAGAUUGUUGUGGACGUUGAUGAUGAUGGAGUAAUCUCCAUGAACUUUGCUUGCUCAAACCUGACUCCAGACUCCAAAUUUGUGUGGUCAAAGAACUACGAAGAGAUCACAGACGAUACUCGAAUUACUAUGGCGACCAGUGGGGAGAAGUGAGUGUGUGUGCAUUUGUGUGUGUGUUUGUGUGUGUGUGCGAGUUCGAAAGAUUAGGCCCUCUAAAGUACUUCAGUAUGUUGAUUGUGCUGGUGCCUUUGCGUCUUCCCCUCAGGUCCAAGGCCACCUUUAAUAUGCUUGCGGAGGAUGACAUCGGCAUUUACUCUUGUGCUGUCACCCACACCGACGGUGCAUCCUCCAGCUACACUCUCUCAGCAGAGGGUGAGUCCCACUGUGUGUCUGUGGUACCGUAGCACUGUACUAGUCUGAACACGUUAUCACUUUAGUAACUAACUUAGAAGGUUAAGAGGGUAGCAGAGCUUCAUUGCUCCUGUGUAAUUUCUACUUCUUAAUCUCUGAUUCAUAUUUCAUCUCAUAAAUCUUUUUUCUUUAUUGACAGAGCUGAAGAAACUUCUGGAGAUCAGCCAUGACCACAAAUUCCCCAGUGAGAAACUCAGACACCAUGUUCUAUGGAUGCGUCCCAAAUGGCACCCUAUUCCCUUAGUGCACCACUUUUGACCAGGGCAAAAGUAGUGCACUGUGUAGGGAAUAGGGUGUAAUUUGGGAUGCAUACAUCUUUUCUCAUUUGUUUGUUCUGUGUAUGACUCUUUCCUCUCUGUUCCUGCUCUCACUUUUUCACUUUCUCUCCUCUGUCUCUCUCCUUCUCAUUCGAUCUGUCUAGUUAUUCCCUUAAAGACAGAGCUGGCUGUGGAGCUGCAGGAGAAGGGCAGAAUUCGCUUCUGGCUGCAGGCUGAGAAGAUCUCUGCUAAUGGCAAAAUAGAAUAUGUGUUUAACGACAACAAUCUCUCCCAGGGAGAGGUAAGUAGGCACUGAAUGGAAACAAAAUAACUGAACUGUCUCUUAAUGUUGAGCCGCUUAGGGUUGCUAAAAUUCCCAGGUUUUCCAGAAAUCCUGGUUCGAGGUUUCCUGGAUUUCCUGCUUAUUCCUUGCUGAUUGCGAGAAUUCUCCAACUGGCAUUUCUGGAAAACCUGGGAAUUUUGGGAAAGUGACCUGCAAUUUGCAACCCUGUGCUCCCUACAUAUGUAUAACAUCUAGUGUAAUUGAUGUUGUUGAGAUGAAGUUUAUGAGACCAGACUAAAAAGUAUUUUCCUAUGGCCUGCUUUCCAGAAAUACAAGAUGAACUUUAACAAAGACACAGGUGUGAUUGAGAUGACCAUGGAGUCUCUGCUCCCAGAGGACGAGGGAACCUUCACCUUCCAGCUGCAGGACGGCAAAGCAACCAACCAGUCCAGCUUGGUGCUGAUUGGAGAAGGUAGGAUAAACUCUGCCUCUCAUUCUCUCCUUCUCCUAUCAUCUUCCAUCACUCUCUCCUCUUGCCUGAUAGCCAGUCAGUUUGUGCUAUCAUGCCAACUCCUUGUCAGUCUUUGUCAUAGCUUGAAAAGGACAGCAAUGGACUAGGCAAGAGCACAAACAGAUCUGGGACCAGGCUAUCUCUCCUCUGUUGUAAAGAAAAAACAGCCCCACUAUGGCUCAGAAGUUAGAUCUUAACAUAUUUCACUAGUGGGCAGUAAAAGCUUACUAUAAACCAUGAACAUUUGUGCUCACACAUUAAUGACAAAUGUAUCUGAUUAAAUAAUACAAGACACAUCAUAGUGACUAUAUUACAUGAAAGAUUAAUGUAAUUGUACAUAAAAGUUGUGUUGCCUAAUCAGGAAUGAUGUGUUUUUCCAGUGUUCAAGGGGCUGCAGAAGGAGUCUGCAUUCAUGCGCAAAGAAUGGCACAGAAAGCAAGGUAUGGGAUCUUUUUAAAUGAAGAAAAUAUGUCAUGAGUAGAAUAGUGAUAUGAUGAGAUAUUAGAAUAUUAGAUUUAUAGAACAAUUUCAGAAAUCAUUUCAACAUAAUUGAUAAUUGAAAUAUUCCCACUGUCUUGUUUUUCGUAGGUCCUCACUUUGUGGAGUAUCUGAGUUAUGAAGUGACCCCAGAAUGUUGUGUUGUCCUGAAAUGCAAGGUGAGACUGCUGAGAAACAGGGUUAGAGGGAACUCUUGGAAAUAGAUGUCAGUAUUAGGAAAAUUAUUCUUAGCUCACACACUUCUCCAGAUGACUUGUUACCCACCGGUGUGCAGUAAUGAAGUGGACCUGAACAACAUAUCUCUGUCUAACUCUAUUUCCAUCCCUCUAUCGCUAUCACCCUCUGCAGGUUGGGAACAUAAAGAAGGAGACUGUUGCAUUGUGGUACAAGGAUGGGCGUGAGAUCAAGGGAGACGAGAAACUCACCUUCACCGAGGGAGUGCUCAAACUGGAGAUUGCUCAGGUGAGAGGGAUUCUACAGUUAUUUCAUACACAUCAUACAUAAAAAAUAUAUCCUUUACCACAUGUCUCUUAUACAGCAGUAUAAGACCAUACUGCACAAUAGCUGUCUUUAGAGCGUUAAGAAUAUUGUUUUGCACAUUACUCUAGGCUAUAUGAAUGGCUCUUCUAUACAGUAGGCUACAUAUAGGUUUGAAAAUAUUAUAUUAUAUGUUUUCAAUAUACUGCACAUGUAUGAACAUACUGUAUGUAUUGAAUGUUUUUGUUCUACACAUCAUUAUAUAGUCAAUGUGCUGUUUGUUUGCAACUAUGUAUGACUGUAUCAUCAUUGCACAUCUCUGUCUAUAUGUUCAUAUAUCAUAAAUAUAUGAUGGGUUCCUCACACUUCAUGGAUGCUAUCUUCUGGCUGCAAGAUGGUGGAGUAAGUUGAGCAUAAGGCGGUCUGAAGGGGUUGCGACCAUGUGAAAAGUUUUGUCUUACUCUAAUCGUAAAUUACUGUCUUAAUAUCACUUUCUUCAUUAUAUUAAUCACAAUUUCUCUGUCAUUUCCAGUUACAGCAUCAAACCAAUCCUUACUUAAAUUUGUAUAAAACCUUAAAUUCUAACCCCACCAUUUAAUAAUCAAUGUAUUAUUUCUUACUAAAUUACAGCAUAUUUCAACACUAUUCAACAUUUUCCCUCUAACACACCAUGUCUCAACCUUUGUUCUCUGUAUUAAAGGUAGACUGACGUAGAUGCAGAAAGUAAACUGCAUACUGGGUCAAUUUCCUCAACAACUAAGAGCUGUUUUGGUGCCUGGGCUACCACACUGUGAACAGAGUGAAGCGAACCCGUGCACAUGCGCAGAUAUUGUGUGUGACUAUGUGAGAGCAAGGCCUUGCAUCUCGCUCAUCUCAAUAUCUGCGAUGCUGCUCGUGGCAACAUAAUUUCGCUGAGUCUACCCUUAAUCUGUAUUAUAAAAUCUGUUUUAUGUCUUUUACAGUAUAUCACAUCCUUUUGUAAUUCACCUGUUUUCCACCCUACAUAUGUCUCCCUAGUCUUCAGCCAAACACACCACUCAUCCCCAUUUCUGUGUGUAGUCCAAUGUGCGUGUCAUCAAAAGUGGCACAGUGAGUGCACGUGUGACACGCAUCGUGCCUUAGCGGUGCAGCAUGUAAACAUGUCACAUGUGUCCUAUUACAGCGUGAUGCUCCUCCUGCAGCCCUAGCGACAGACCUAGACAAUUCCCUCGAGGACCUUAUCUGGAGAAUACUCAAAGUUGGGAUCAGCUUGAUCUUUUUGUCACCUUAAGUGAUCAUCUUCUUGGUUUUGCUGUUUUGAGAAUGCUUUUUUGCUUUUGUGUCAAAUAAAUGUGUGUCCUGCAGCACCCAUGGCAGGGGAGAAAAGCUUGCCUUUUCGCUUGAGAGUUUAAUUCUCAUCCUUUACAAAAUGAUGUGUGUCUCAAACCUGGCCUUCUCUUAUAGAUCUCAAAGAAGGAUGCCGGUGUCUAUGAGAUUAUUAUGAAGGAUGACAGAGGGAAGGACACAUCCACAUUGAACCUGACAGAACAAGGUGACUAACCCCUCAAAGCCAUACCUCAUUGUGUGUAUAGUAAAGCGUCAACAAGACCUCAUCAUAUUUACAAAGUGACGUAAUUGUCAAAUUUCUGUUCGCCAGGUUUCAGAGACUUGAUGAAUGAAGUGUUCAGUAAUAUCGGUAAGUACAUGUGUCUCACAUUGCAGUAGUAAACCAAUUAACUUAAGUUUAACUUGUGUUCAAAACAUCUAUAAAGUGUUCCUCUGUAAAGUUGCUCUGUGUAACGUCGCGCUGUGUAUCUCUGCACUGUGUAACGUCUCUGUAAUGCCUCUGUAACGUUGCACUUUAUAACAUCUCUGUAACGUUGCACUGUGUAACAUCUCUGUAAUGUUACACUGUGUAACAUCUCUGUAACGUUGCACUGUAUAACAUCUCUGUAACCUUGUACUGUGUAACAUCUCUGUAAUGUUACACUGUAUAACAUCUCUGUAACGUUGUACUGUGUAACAUCUAUGUAACAUUGCACUUUAUAACAUCUCUGUAACGCUGUACUGUCUAACAUCUCUGUAACAUUGCACUUUAUAACAUCUCUGUAACGUUGCACUUUAUAACAUCUCUGUAACGUUGCACUGUAUAACAUCUCUGUAACGUUGCACCGUGUAACAUCUCUGUAACCUUGUACUGUGUAACAUCUCUGUAAUGUUGCACUGUGUAACAUCUAUGUAAUGUUGCACUGUGUAGCAUCUCUGUAACGUUGCAUUAUGUAACAUCUAUGUAAUGUUACACUGUAUAACAUCUCUGUAACGGUGCACUGUGUAACAUCUCUGUAACAUUGCACUGUGUAACAUCUCUGUAAUGUUGCACUGUGUAACAUCUCUGUAAUGUUGCACUGUAUAACAUCUAUGUAAUGUUGCACUGUGUAACGUCUCUGUAAUGCCUCUGUAACGUUGCACUUUAUAACAUCUCUGUAACAUUGCACUGUGUAACAUCUCUGUAAUGUUACACUGUGUAACAUCUCUGUAACGUUGCACUGUAUAACAUCUCUGUAACCUUGUACUGUGUAACAUCUCUGUAAUGUUACACUGUAUAACAUCUCUGUAACGUUGUACUGUGUAACAUCUCUGUAACAUUGCACUUUAUAACAUCUCUGUAACGUUGUACUGUCUAACAUCUCUGUAACAUUGCACUUUAUAACAUCUCUGUAACGUUGCACUUUAUAACAUCUCUGUAACGUUGCACUGUAUAACAUCUCUGUAACGUUGCACCGUGUAACAUCUCUGUAACCUUGUACUGUGUAACAUCUCUGUAAUGUUGCACUGUGUAACAUCUAUGUAAUGUUGCACUGUGUAGCAUCUCUGUAACGUUGCAUUAUGUAACAUCUAUGUAAUGUUACACUGUAUAACAUCUCUGUAACGGUGCACUGUGUAACAUCUCUGUAACAUUGCACUGUGUAACAUCUCUGUAAUGUUGCACUGUGUAACAUCUCUGUAAUGUUGCACUGUAUAACAUCUAUGUAAUGUUGCACUGUGUAACGUCUCUGUAAUGCCUCUGUAACGUUGCACUUUAUAACAUCUCUGUAACAUUGCACUGUGUAACAUCUCUGUAAUGUUACACUGUGUAACAUCUCUGUAACGUUGCACUGUAUAACAUCUCUGUAACCUUGUACUGUGUAACAUCUCUGUAAUGUUACACUGUAUAACAUCUCUGUAACGUUGUACUGUGUAACAUCUCUGUAACAUUGCACUUUAUAACAUCUCUGUAACGUUGUACUGUCUAACAUCUCUGUAACAUUGCACUUUAUAACAUCUCUGUAACUUUGCACUUUAUAACAUCUCUGUAACGUUGCACUGUAUAACAUCUCUGUAACGUUGCACCGUGUAACAUCUCUGUAACCUUGUACUGUGUAACAUCUCUGUAAUGUUGCACUGUGUAACAUCUAUGUAAUGUUGCACUGUGUAGCAUCUCUGUAACGUUGCAUUAUGUAACAUCUAUGUAAUGUUACACUGUAUAACAUCUCUGUAACGGUGCACUGUGUAACAUCUCUGUAACAUUGCACUGUGUAACAUCUCUGUAAUGUUGCACUGUAUAACAUCUAUGUAAUGUUGCACUGUGUAAUAUCUCUGUAAUGUUCCUUAGCCAACUCCUCCACUGCACUGAAGAUCCAAAGCACAGAGGAGGGCAUCAGACUCUACUCCUUUGUCAGUUACUACAACGAGGCACUCCAGGUCACCUGGCACCACAAGUGUGUAGUCUCCUUACUUGUGUUUGUGUGCACGUAUGUGCGUACCUUCAUGUGGGCGUGUGUGUUCAUGCGUGUUUGCAAGUACAUUCAACUGUCAGGUGUGUGUCGUCUGUGAGAUGCAGCCUAUGUGUGUGUGUUUCAGUGAGUUGUUUUUCUCUCUAAUAGGGAUUCAGCGAUAGCCUUCACAGACCGCAUUAAGAGUGGUGUGGUGGGAGAGCAGCUGUGGCUCCAGAUCACAGAGCCCACAGAGAAAGACAAGGGCAAAUACGCCAUCGAGUUCCAUGAUGGGAAGGGUGGUCUGAAGAGGACUGUGGAGCUGUCUGGCCAGGGUGAGUUCCAAAUGACACCUUAUUUCCUAUAUAGUGCACUCAUUUUGACAUCUACAUGGAAUUAAGGGGCUCCCGUUCCUUCAUCAAUGCUUUGAUAGGUUUACUCACCUCCUCUUAUUUCUUCCAGCAUUUGAUGACGCAUAUGCAGAAUUCCAGAGGCUCAAGUAAGUUACCCCACAUUAAUGGAUUUUUAUACACACUUUUCCCCCAUUGUGUUAGCAAGCUGUUCUACAUGUUGUGGAUGUGGCAUGCCAGUAAGUACCCAGCAAACCCGGAACAUUCCUAGAACAUUAGCUAACAUUCCCAUUAAGAUCUAGUUAGGGUUUGAGCUAACAUUAGGAUGAAAACGUCCCACAAACAUUCUAAUAAUGUCACCAAAUAUGUUUUCUGCGAAAAUGUUGAAGUGAAAUAUCCUUGGAAUGUUCUCAUAACAGUCACUAAAAUGUUGUGUAAAAACUACCACAUAAUGUUCUCAUUAGGUGUGUGAUAACACAACGUAAUAACACAAUGUUCCAGUAAUGCUCUUAGAACGUACUGCCGCAACAAAAUGAGGGAGCAAUAGAAGGGGUUCUGAGCAAACAUUACAGGAACGAUCUACUAAUGUUGAUGGAUAUGUUAUUUAAAACACCCAUAACAAAAUAUCUCUACAAUGGUCUCAUAAAAUUAUUGUAUUGUGUGACAUUAUGAGAUGGGCUCUAAAAACAUUCCCUGAACAUACUUCAGCAAUUAUGUCUGGAUUCAAUUGAAUAGGUUCUGAAAAAACAUUACAGAAACGUUCUGUGAAUAUUUAUGGAGACGUCAAGCUAAACACCCCAAAUAACGUGCAGGGAACAUUCCCACAAGACUCUCGUAAAGUUAUAGUGUGAUGUUAUAACAGGAUUGUUCCAAUAACGUUCCCUGAACAAACGUCAGCAAUUAUGUCUGGAUUUAAUACAAGUGGUUCUGAGAAAACAUUAUAGCAAUGUUCAGCUAAUGUUAAUACAAAUUCAGACAGCUGAUGUUCUGAAAGAGCUGAAAAAUCUGGACCCCUACAAAUCAGCUGGGCUAGACAAUCUGGACACUUUCUUUCUAAAAUUAGCUGCCGAAAUUGUCGCAGCCCCUAUUACUAACCUGUUCAACCUCUCUUUCGUAACGUCUGAGAUUCCCAGAGAUUGGAAAGCUGCCGCGGUCAUCCCCCUCUUCAAAGGGGGUGACACUCUAGAUCCAAACUGUUACAGACCUAUAUCCAUCCUGCCCUGCCUUUCGAAAGUAUUUGAAAGCCAAGUUAACAAACAGAUCACCGACCAUUUCGAAUCCCACCGUACCUUCUCCGCUAUGCAAUCCGGUUUCCGAGCUGGUCAUGGGUGCGCCUCAGCCACGCUCAAGGUCCUAAACGAUAUUAUAACUCUGAUCGAUAAAAGACAGUACUGCACAGCCGUCUUCAUCGACCUGGCCAAGGCUUUCGACUCUGUCAACCACCGCAUUCUUAUUGGCAGACUAAAUAGCCUUGGUUUCUCAAAUGACUGCCUCGCCUGGUUCACCAACUACUUCUCAGAUAGAGUUCAAUGUGUCAAAUCGGAGGGCCUGUUGUCUGGCAGUCUCUAUGGGGGUACCACAGGGUUCAAUUCUCGGGCCGACUCUCUUCUCUGUGUAUAUCAAGGAUGCCGCUCUUGCUGCUGGUGACGCUCGGAUCCACCUCUAUGCGGACGACACCAUUUUGUAUACAUCUGGCCCUUCAUUGGACACUGUGUUAACAAACCUCCAAACGAGCUUCAACGCCAUACAACACUCCUUCCGUAGCCUCCAACUGCUCUUAAACACUAGUAAAACUAAAUGCAUGCUCUUCAACCGAACGCUGCUUGCACCCGCCCACCCGACUAGAAUCACUACUCUCGGCGGGUCUGACCUAGAGUAUGUGGACAACUACAAAUACCUAGGUGUCUGGUUAGAUUGUAAACUCUCCUUCCAGACUCACAUUAAGCAUCUCCAAUCAAAAGUUAGAUCUAGAAUCGGCUUCCUAUUUCGCAACAAAGCCUCCUUCACUCAUGCUGCCAAACAUGCCCUCGUAAAACUGACUAUCCUACCGAUCCUUGACUUUGGCGAUGUCAUUAACAGAUUAGCCUCCAACACUCAGAAAAUUGGAUGUAGUCUAUCACAGUGCCAUCCGUUUUGUCACCAAAGCCCCAUAUACUACUCACCAUUGUGACCUGUACGCUCUUGUUGGCUGGCCCUCACUACAUAUUCGUCACCAAACCCACUGGCUCCAGGUCAUCUAUAAAUCACUGCUAGGAAAAUCCCCACCUUAUCUUAGCUCACUGGUCACCAUAGCAACACCCACCCAUAGUCUGCGCUCCAGCAGGUAUAUCUCACUGGUCAUCCCCAAAGCCAACACCUCCUUUGGCCGCCAUUCCUUCCAGUUCUCUGCUGCCAAUGACUGGAACGAACUGCAAAAAUCUCUGAAGCUGGAGACUCUUAUCUCCCUCACUAACUUAAAGCAUCAGUUGUCAGAGCACCUUACCGAUCACUGCACCUGUACACAGCCAUUCUGAAAUUAGCCCACCCAACUACCUCAUCCCCAUAUUGUUAUUUAUUUUGCUAAUUUGCACCCCAGUAUCUCUAUUUGCACAUCAUCUUUUACACAUCUAUCAUUCCAGUGUUAAUAAGAAAUUGUAACUAUUUUGCACUAUGGCCUUACCUCCAUAAUUUACUACAUUCGCACAUACUGUAUAUCAAUUUUCUGUUGUAUUUUUGACUUUAUGUUUUGUUUACCCCAUAUGUAACUCUGUGUUGUUGUUUUUAUCACACUGCUUUGCUUUAUCUUGGCCAGGUCGCAGUUGUAAAUGAGAACUUGUUCUCAACUGGCUUACCUGGUUAAAUAAAGGUGAAAUAAAUAUAAUAAAAGGCCCAUUCCACAAAAAGAGUGCCUUUUGCGUCCCUUUGAUAUUUUAAGAAGAAAUUGUGCAUUAAUAUUGAAUUUAAAAGCCUUUUAUAUUAAAUGAAGUGCUUUUUAAUAUGGGCCACACGAGGAAAAAGAAGAAACACUGCUCUUGCUAGUAUCACUGCUCUUUAUUAAGCUUUACGUAUCGGCCACAAGGCCUUUGUCAGAGCUUUUGUGAGUGUUUAUAAUUUGCACCCUUAUGUAGACAUUGCUCCAUCCACAUCCGUUCAAUGCAUCGAAUGGGGUUGAAGUCGAGGGAAAAUAACAACGUGCAUUUCAUAAGUAUUCUAAUAAAGUGUGUACAGAAAAUGCAUUAAACAAAUCUGUAAAACCACAAUGAGGACAUCAAACCUAUCAAGUAAGUUUUCAUAAAUCAUUGGGUACAGUGCAAGAAAAAAUGUCAGCGUAGUCUGAAGUGGCGGCAUUAAUUCAUGUUCACAUUUACAACAUAACAUGCAUGGGCUUUUCAUCAUUAAGACCUUUGGGGUAUAAUGUCUGGAGGGUGAAAAUCCAAAAACAUUAUCUUUUGCUCAGAGUAUUAUUUAUAUCACCUCCCCUGUCUGAUAUCUUGACUUUCUCAAUGCCACAAAAUCUAAAGGUAGAAAUGUCAUGAAAUGUCAUAUAGACCACAUGGAAAAUUCAAUAAAUCAGAUGUUUUAUAUGAAUAAAGACUUGCUAAAGUGCCAAAGGGAAUGCUGGGUAAAACCUAAAUAUUAUAUUUCAGAAACCUUUAAUGAAUACAUAAAGAUGUAUGUGAGCAUUCUUGCAACAUCUUUGCACAUUCUUGAACAUUUGUGCACCCCGAUUUUGUGUUUUGGGAACCUAUCUCUUCAAUGUCCCCCACACUGUUGCCACAACCUAAUGAAAUGUUUUGUGAACUUUUAAAGAACAUUACAAAUAUGUUAUGUUAACAUUCUUGUAACAUCAGAGGAAUGUUCUGUGCACCCUAAUACAAACAUUGUAUAAUCAUCAGCACAACUGGACACAUGUUGUGUUACUAUAACCUUUGGGGGUAAUGUUCUAACACCAUUCCCACAAAAGGAAGGAAAUGUUCUGGGAACAUUCAAAGAACCAGUUUUGGUUUGCUGGGUACUCUGCAUCCAUCCUUCCUUUCAUGUGAUUGCUAUAUUUGGUGUUCCUCUCAGUCUGCCAAGCCACUCUCUCUGUGCAUGUAUGUUUAUAUAGCAGGCAGUCUCUGACAGGCUUUGAGUAAGGGCAUAGGGAAGUGUAAGAGUAAGGCCCCAUGUAGCUCAGUUGGUAGAGCAUGGUGCUUGCAACGCCAGGGUUGUGGGUUUGUUUCCCACGGGGGGCCAGUAUGAAAAUGUAUGCACUCACUAACUGUAAAUCGCUCUGGAUAAGAGUGUCUGCUAAAUGACUAAAAUGUCAAAUGUAAUGAAGGCUUUACUUAGACAUGCUUCCUGGCUCCAGUCCAAACACAUUCUCUGCAUUCAUUUCUCUUAUCUUUGUUCUUCAAUCUGUUUUGUCUCUUCCAAUGUCAGAGCGGCCGCUAUUGCAGAGAGAAGUAAGUACACACACACACACACACACACACACACACACACACACACACACACACACACACACACACAUUAUUAGAUGGGGAUGAGAGGGCUGCUCUCAGUAUUGUAGUGGGUACUGUUAUUUUCAAACUGAUCUGAGGUCAGUGGUCUAAUUUGGUGCUCUUUGUUUCAGAUCGUGCUCGCGUGGCAGGAGGCCUGCCUGAUGUCGUCACCAUACAGGAGUUAAAGGUAACCAUGUCUGGAUGGAUCUGGAUCUGUCUGUCUGUCUGUCUGUAUAUGCAUGUCCAUGGUUCCAUACUGGCCUGGGACUCAAGCAUUGCAGACUUGAUUGUGUAUGACACUACUACGGCUGCAUCUGAAAUGGUACCCUAGUAUUCCCUAUAUAGUGCACUACUUUUGAUCAGCUAUGGUCUAAAGUCAUACACUAUAUAAGGAAGAGCUCUGGUCUAUUCUAUAUAGGGAAUAGGGUGCCAUUAUAGGGUGCCAUUUCAGACUCACCUUAUUAUGUCUGAUCUUGUCUCUCGCCAUCAGGCCCUGAACCUGACCUGUAACAUUUCGGGCGAACCCCUGCCUGAGGUAGUCUGGCUGAAGAACGAGAGGGAGAUUGUGUCUGAUGGCCACUACGUCAUGAAGUUCGAGGCGGGCAAGUACGCCAGCUUCACCAUCACCACGGUGAACACGACAGACUCGGGCAAGUACAGUAUCCUGGUGAAGAACAAGUACGGCACAGAGAGCGCCGACUUCACCGUAAGUGUCUUCAGUCCCGACAGCAAGAAAUAAGGGAGAAAGAAAGAAGGCCGGCAAGAAAUAAGGGAGACCUCAAUCUUUGCGUGAAUAUUAUGUAUAAAAAUACAUAAAAAAAGACAAAGAAAAAAGAAAGAAGUCCUGAGCGUUGGUUUGAUGGUUUGAGAUGGUUUUUAUGGUAGUCUAUACAGUAUUUAACUCUAGUUUGAAAAGGUGUAUCGUUUUACUCUGAGCAUGAAAUGUCCAAACGUUCCGAGAAAAAUCUGAGAAUUACAAAAAACAUAAACACAAUACUUUAGGUCCAAUCAUCCUUAAUUUUGACACCACGAUGAGUAUAGUUAUACAUUUAUAAAAUUCCCCCAUGUAUUACAAUAUUUGCUAUAUUUUGCUAAGUAUUGACACACUAAAAAGGUAUGUAAAGACAAAUGUUUGUGUUAAUUCAAAUUAAUUUACUACAAUAGACUUAAAGCUAAAAGGUUAACCAUCUAGUAUUGGUUAAAAAGGACUAUGUGAAGUAAAUUUAAGAUGCUGAAAACCUUGUUAGCUUACUCAAAGGUUAUUACUGUAUGUGCCAUGCAAGAGUUUUAAAAAGUAAGGAAGUGAAUAGAUGCUCUAUAAGCACUGACAAAGGAAGAUUUUUUCUGUCAUGUGGAAUUUGAACAGAUCCUGUGUUGUUUUUUCAUUCACAAUCACUGUUUACUGAAUAUGAUGUCACCACCUAUGUCACUCAGUGUGUUAUUACAUCACUCCUUCUGCCACUAUAUAAUGAUUAUGGCAUCACUUCCUCUGAUUAUGACAUCACUUCCCCUGUCACUAUGCAGUGAUUAUGACAUUACUUCCUCUGUCACUCAGUAAUGAUUAUGACAUCACUUCCUCUGUCAUUAUGUAGUGAUUCUGACAUCACUUCCCCUGUCUCUCAGUAAUGAUUAUGACAUCACUUCCUCUAUCACUACGUAAUGAUUAUGACAUCACUUCCUCUGUCCGCUGUCUCAUGAGAAGGACUAAUAAAAUGGAGCAUGGACUCCCUCACCAGGUCCUCCUCUGUUGUCUCACUGUGUUUUGUUCCCUCUGUAUGACACCCCACUCUUCAUUCUCCAUUCCCCAUUCUCUCCCUCCACUUUUCACUCUCUGCUUCAGUCUCCUGUUCACCAUUCACUCCUGGUCACUUGUCUGAUAUUGUCUGAUGGUCAUCUUGUCUCCAAAGACCAUGAAGGCAUCUAUCACCAAGGAGCAAUGCAAUCCCUCACUCUGAACAUACACAAGCACCUCUCUCCGUACACAAGGGAGUCAAACUCAACUCCUUGACGACCGCACACACCUGCUGAUUUUUAGUGUUAUCUUUUAACAAGUGGCUGAUUUAGACCUGGGUCUGUGGCCCUUGGGGACUUGAGCUUGACAACCCUGCUGCUUUGUACCAUAUGCUUUGUCUCUCAACACACUCAACCAACUGCACUCUGUCCACACACACUUCCAGUGAGCACCCCUCCUCCCAUCACAUUUCUCUGUACUGUGUGUUUGUAAGCACAAAUCACCCUCAGACACCCACCAUGUUUUUGUUCAUUAGAUGUUUUCUCAUCAAGGAUUCACCACUAGUAGGGCAUUAAAUUGGUUGCGUCCCAAAUGGCAGCCUAUUCCCAAUAUAGUUCACUACUUUUAACCAGAGCUCUAUGGGACCUGGUCAAAAGUAGUGCAAUAAAUAGGGAACAGGGUCCCAUUUGGGACGCAUAAUAAUCUACUGCUACAUAAGGUCUAUGAUGUGACGCAACAGUGCACCAAGCCCUCGUGAUAAAGGAAAGGAACGUCUUAUCAUCAACUAACACACACAUGACCUUGUCACUGAAUGGGAAAAGUCUUAGUUAUACAUUUAGUGUGUGUGCCAGUCUGGGACACCAUUUUUAGAUUCACUGACUGGAAAAGAUGGACAUUAGACCCAGGAAAUGUGAUUGCAAUGACAUUAAAACAAACAAAGGGCUAAGUCACCAGAAUAUAAUGAGAGCAGCCUGUCACAUAACUCAAACAUGUAGAGAGACCAGGAAGUGGGUUAGCCAGGGGUCUGAAACAAGAAUACCAGGGCCUGUAUUCAUAAAGAGUAUGAGUGCUGAUCUAGGAUCAGGUCCCAAUCAUUCAUAUUCAUUAUAGUCUAAAAGGCUAAACUGAUCUGAGAUGCAGUAUCUCAAGUGUUGUAUUAUUUUUUGCAGUAGGCUAUUCUAUGUGGUAGAACAUUCUGCUCUCUGCUGUCAGACACACUAAACCGCAAAGCAUUAGCUACAUUUUUUAGUCCAUGCACAAGUAAACAUGAUCAAUAGCUUAUUACACCAGCAAUAAUAUCAUGUGAUCCUGGAACAAAAUUAGUUGUUGACAUGUUUUUUGCAGCCCUCUUCUCAGAAGACGUUUUAGUGACAUUUAAUUUGUAGGCCUAUAAAUCACAUUAGGAAAGUUUUGCAGUCUGGUAAGUAAUCUCAAAUGCCAACAAUGUCUUUGAAGUAGAGCCCAUUUUUUAAACAUGGCUUGAUGAAAUUGAACUUUUUAUUCACGAGACUAGUUUUAAAAGUAGCUAGGGAAAUUCUGUGUGCAAGGUAUGUGUUUGUGCGUGUGUGUGUGUGCGUGUGUGUUUGUGUGUGUGUGUGUAAAUCCUAAAACAUUUUCCAUUUGCCAGUUGGUUGUAACAGAAGGCAAAGGGGACUUGGGAGUGACCUCCUAUUUGACUGAUGCUGAUGGGAAUGUGAUCAUUGGGUCUAAAAGCAGACCUACCACCCCAACAGAGAGGAGGAAGUCAGUCACUGGGAAGAAAAUGCAGAAGAGAAAGGGUGAGGCGACAGCUGUCCACAAUAAUGUGUGCAAGAAAAUUCUUAACACAAAAUACUUUUAAUGUGAAUAAAUGCGAAUAUUAGGCUACACCUUCAAUUAGGCCACACUUCUGAUUUUAAAAAAUACAAACUUACUACUAAGUUAAAACAGUGUACAGAGUAAUUAUCUCAUCUCAGAACCCAGAUCUGGAGUAACAGUCUGUCACAAGAGACUAGGACCUAUCUUACUUCAAUGUGUCAGUCUAUCACCUUCAGAAGACGUGGAGAGCAUCAUCAUCAUGUUUAUCCUUUUUGAGUCAAAAGUGUAAGCACUAUCACAAAAAGUCAUGUUUGAGGUUAGGGGAAAAAUGUAGUUAGGUUGUUUUCUUCACCACCAAACUAGUGAAGUUGUUUUGGAUGGACGUUUUGGUGAUGGCAAGGGCAGUCUUCUGAUUGAGUCACUGAUUAAACAUAAGUAAUGUCCUUUCUCUGGAAGAAUCGAUGUGAAAUUAUUUACCUGUGUGUGUGUGUGUGUGUGUGUGUGUGUGUGUGUGUGUUUCCUUAGAUUCUGUAAUCCUCCAGAAGCCUCCAGAGGAAAAGGAGGGGAAGAAGAAAGAAGAAAAGAAGAUGGAGGACAAAACCGCAGACAAGAAAAAGGCUGCCCCUGCUGUUGCAAGCAAGGUCGGCAAGCAGGAGACCCUGCAGCAGCCCACAACUACAGCAGAUGAGGCGAAGCCAGAUGAUGUCCCCACAUCUGAGAAACUGGCAGAGAAACCACAGACUAACAAGGGAAAAAACGAUCAAGACGAG